UCUCCGCCACUCCCGUCCUGCCAGUCUCGCACUCUACUACUCCAUUUAUGUGAGAGAGAGAGAGAGAGAGAGAGAGAGAGAGAGGCUCGAGCGUUCUUCAAACCCUAGCUGGAUCUUUCGAAACCCUAGCUCUAGCCGUGGAUCCUACGUUUUCUUGCUGCAAGGGCAGAUCGAUACUGAUUCUUCGACGGUUUCUGGAAAGAAGAGUAUCAUUGCUGAGUGAUUGGAUUUUGCAUUUUACACUGUAGUAAAAGAGAAAUCCUUUAAAGUCUCACAUUUCAUGAGCUUUUGGGAAAAUCCAUUUCAAUACGGGUUGUGUGAAAUCGGAAAAGGAAAGAAGAACGAAGAACAGGUGAAGUGCCAGUUAAUCUAAAACUCUAGAACUGUUAAAUUGAGGUAGUAACCUAUAUCAGUGCUGAAAGUGUAAUCCUUCUCCCGUCUCCAUUGAUCCCGUGUAAUGUUAGACAUUCGACAGAAAUGGAGAGAAUUCCCGAACUGAAAAAUGCUCUACCAGGGCGUCUAUCUGUUGUGGACCGGGUAACAGAUUUAAAUGACAGUGUGAUGAGAGAGGUAGAUGGUCCAUCUCGCUUACGGAAACCUCAGAAUUUGGAGGAACCGGUAAAUGACAUUGUGAUGAGAGAAGUAGAGGGCCCCUCCAGUGUACGGAUAUCUCAGAAUUCGGAAGAACCUGUACGGGUGAAAGGAGAAGGGUCUUUCCAGGAACCGGAUGAACUUAUGCCAGAGGUUGCUCCCUUUAAGGUCAGUGAUGCAUAUGAUGAAUCUGGGCUGAGUUUGUUUUCUGGGGCUAGUCAUCCCUUGGAACCUGUCGAUACUGAUCUGAUGAGAACAGUAUAUGUGACCAUCGACCAAAACAAAUCUGAGUCGGGCCGCUUAGUGAAAAGUCUUUCUAUGAAGGCUCCUUUUCUAGAUGACCUUUCAAUUCGGGUUCCAGGUUUAAAACCAGGUGCGCCUGUUCUUUCGCCUGCAGAAAGCCUGGUUGAAGAGCCUAAUGAGUCAGAGCCAUCAUCAUCUCCAUUUUUGGUCCCUCGGGCAUCACAGGCUACUGAGAACACACUUCCAACACAUGAUUCUGAGGAGAAGGAGUGCAUAUGGGAUGCUUCCUUGCCUCCUAGCGGCAAUGUCAGUCCUCAUAGUAGCAUUGACAGUACUGGCGUCGUCACAGCUAUGAGUGUUGUCAAUAGCUGCACAGGAACAUACAGAAGUGAUGGGAUUACGAGUGACGGUAUGCUUAGUGUGGAAAGAAACUGCGAGAGUACCAAAGGGAGUGCAAUAGGGGACUCACUUGAAAGUGCAAAAACUAGCAUUAGCAGAGCAAGCGAUAGCAGUGGGCUUAGUGAUGAUAGCAAUUGGAGUAAUAUUACAGGAAGUGCUAAUAAGCCUCACAAAGGAAAUGAUCCUAGAUGGAAGGCUAUUCUGGCUGUUCGGGCACGGGAUGGUAUCUUAGGGAUGAGCCAUUUUAGAUUGCUCAAAAGGCUUGGGUGCGGCGAUAUUGGUAGCGUGUAUCUCUCGGAGCUGAGUGGGACCCGGUGCUACUUUGCAAUGAAAGUGAUGGACAAGGCAUCCCUUGCAAGCAGGAAGAAGUUAACAAGGGCUCAGACAGAAAGGGAGAUUUUACAGCUGUUAGAUCAUCCGUUCCUGCCAACUUUAUACACACAUUUUGAGACAGACAGAUUCUCAUGUUUGGUCAUGGAGUUUUGUCCGGGAGGUGAUUUGCACACCUUGAGGCAGCGGCAGCCAGGGAAGCACUUCUCUGAAUAUGCAGCACGGUUUUAUGCAGCUGAAGUUCUGUUGGCCCUUGAGUAUCUCCACAUGCUUGGAGUUGUUUACAGGGACUUGAAACCAGAAAAUGUUCUCGUCCGCGAUGAUGGCCACAUAAUGCUCUCAGAUUUUGACCUGUCUCUGAGGUGUGCAGUUUCACCGACCCUUAUAAAAACUUCAUCAUUCGAUUCCCACCCCUCCAAACCUGGCGCAUUCUGUGUCCAACCUGCCUGCAUUGAGCCUUCAUCUGUAUGUAUCCAGCCGUCAUGCUUCAUGCCGAAAAUCUUCCCUCAGAAAAGCAAGAAGAAGACUAGAAAACCUCGGGCAGAGCCUGGGCCGACAAUCACCACCCUCCCCGAGCUCGUGGCAGAGCCAACCGCUGCCCGAUCCAUGUCCUUUGUCGGUACCCAUGAGUACCUGGCUCCUGAAAUAAUCAAGGGAGAAGGCCAUGGCAGCGCGGUCGAUUGGUGGACUUUUGGCAUCUUUUUGCAUGAACUUCUAUAUGGCAGGACACCAUUCAAGGGCUCAGGCAAUCGAGCCACACUGUUCAACGUGGUUGGCCAGCAGCUCAGGUUUCCUGAUGCCCCUGCCACCAGCUACUCGAGCAGGGAUUUGAUCAGAGGCCUGCUGGUGAAGGAGCCCCAGCAUCGGCUUGGGGUGAAGAGGGGGGCGACUGAGAUCAAGCAGCACCCGUUCUUUGAGGGCGUUAACUGGGCACUGAUACGGUGCAGCACCCCACCUGAGGUGCCGAGGCCAAUGGAGCCUGAGCUGCCCGGAAAAUUCGGGGCAGCAGCUGUGGACAGUGUUGGAGCAGUUGGGGUAGGGAGCAGCAGUAAGAGGAUGGUAGGUGCAGACAUGAAGUCUGGGGGUAAAUAUCUAGACUUUGAAUUCUUCUAGUCUUGGAUUAGUGGAUGCUGAAUUAUUGUAUUAGACUGAUUAAUUCCAUGAUCAAGUCUUUCCCAAUGCUUACACCUGUCAUAACAGAUUGGGAUGUAGAAAAAAAAAAAGUGCUUCUGUUUGCCUGUUUGGAUGGGAAGUGAUCAGUUGAAUCUCCAUUUUUUUGGAUUUGAAUUUGAA